CCCUCCGCCCGUCCCUCACCGCCCCGCCAGCGCGGGGUCACGGAGUCACUGAAUUAGUUAGGUCGGAAAGGACCUUCGAGAUCGGCGAGGCCAACCUGUAGGCCGUGCAGGUUAAUGGCAGCCUAAAGCGGAGUCUGGGGUUGUUUCAGUACAGUUUAGUCAGCUCACAUUUUGUGUAUUUAUGAGGAAGAAAGGAAAGUGAGAGCUGCUAUGAAACAGAAGCUUUUGGAAAAGUCUCAGUCAGAAUUUUCCUGAAGGAAUUUUCUUUCUCUGUGCAUAGCUAACAAAUAGCAAUGAAAACUCAGCCCUACAGGCAGAGCUGGGCCUUAAUGAGCACCACCAGAACGAAGUGAUCAGCUACAUGCGCUUCGCUCGCUUCAAGCGUGGCCUGUGUCUCAAAACAGUGGAUUCUUGUUUUCAGGACCUUAAGGACAGCAGACUUGUUGAAGAGACCUUCACAGUUGAUGAGGUGAUAGACAUGCUGGAUGGACUGCAGAGUGUUGUACACAGUGAAGUGGAGUCGGAGCUCAUAAAUACAACUUACACCAACGUUUUACUUCUGCGGCAGCUCUUUUCACAGGCUGAGAAAUGGUACCUUAAGUUACAGACAGACGUCUCUGACUUGGAGAAUCGAGAAUUAUUGGAACAAGUUGCUGAGUUUGAAAAGUCAGAAUUUACAUCUUCAAACAAAAAGCCCACUGCAGAUCCCGUUAAACCAAAACUGGCUCCAUUAAAUGAAGGUGGGACAGAGCUGCUAAACAAGACAGUUGCUCGUCUCCAAGAAGAAAAUGAAAAAUUGAAGACCAGACUCAAGACUAUAGAAACACAGGCUACAGCUGCCCUAGAUGAGAAGUCCAAGCUAGAGAAGUCACUGAGGGAUUUACAGAUGAUCCAAGGAGAUCAGAAGACUAAUGCAAACCAGGAUAUCACUGAACUGGAGAAUAAAGUGGCAGCUUUGAAAUCCCAGUUUGAGAAGACUUUGAAUGACACUACUGCAAACCAAAAAUUCUUGGAAGAGGACUUGGUGACAACAAAACAUGACUUGCUUAAGGUUCAGGAUCAGCUAUCUGCAGCUGAAAAGGAGCUGGAGAAGAAAUUUCAGCAAACAGCUGCCUAUCGCAACAUGAAGGAGAUUCUCACAAAGAAGAAUGAACAGAUAAAGGAUCUGCGUAGAAGGCUUUCCAAAUAUGAAUCAGAGGACUGAAAUACCAAAAAACAUCUGAUGUAUCGAAAGCUGCCAUGGAAAGAAAAUGUAGACUGGUAUUAUAUUUCAAUAAUCUUUGUUUUAAAUGGUAUAUUUUUUGCUUCUAAUGAUGAAAAUAACUCUUUAUUAAUACUAAUAACACGCUGAAACUCCUACCUUACUUCCUUGUAAACCUACAAUUUAUAGGUAUUAGUUUCUGCAGUCAUGUUUUUAAUUCUUAGCCAUCAACAUUUCUUGAGAAACAGCUAACAGGAUCUUACUGAAGAACUGAGAACAUUCCCUACAAAGAAAGGAGUUUAUUUUUGUUAAGAAAAGAAAAAAAGGGAAAAAAAAGAGCAUUAGGGAUUUUCAUGUCUCUGAAGUGGAAAUUCCAGUUGUUACUUUUGUGUAGUUAGUGUACUUAUGAAGUAGCAUUAUAUGUAAAAAUUACAUCAGUGAAAGUAAAAAGCAGGAAGAAAAAAAAA